AAAGCACUACCCAGAAUCAAGAUACCACAAACUAUUACAAACCUUAUCAUAGAUAUAAUCACUAACAGACACAACACAGUAAUAACUAACCAUGGCACCACAGAGCUAGAACACACAGACUAUACCAUGUAUACAACUGUAACAACAAAUAACAGAAUCCAUAAAAUAGAAGCUAACCAUUCAGUCCUAGCCUACAUAGACGACACGACAUGGAUCGUAUUAUCUAAACAACAACUGAAAGCAAUUCUUAACACAGCAACAAUCUUCUACAGCUUUACCAAUAUACAAGUAAACCCAAACAAGUCAGUACUAGCCACUCUAAACCCCACAGACACUCCUAGUAUCUUAUUUAAUGGCUCUAAUAUAGAGAGUAUAAAACACAAACAAGCAUUUAGAUUCCUAGGCUGCUG